AACCACAAAAACAACACAAGUAGCUUAAAUAUAUAUAUAUAUACAUAUAUAGUAAGAGAAGCAAGAUUAUUGAUCUCAUUAUCAUGUCCGAUCAUCAUCAUAAUCCGAGUACUAGUUCUUCUUCAACGUUGAAGCUAUUUGGUUUUCCAAUAACAGAGAAUGGAGAAGUGUUAUCAUGCACAGCAAAUAAAAAACCAGACUAUCAUACCUCUUCACCGUCGAUGUGGGACGAGAACAGAAAAUUCAAGUGCCAGUUCUGUCGUCGAGUUUUCGCCAACUCUCAAGCUCUGGGUGGCCAUCAAAACGCUCACAAGCGAGAACGUCAAAGGGUCAGUGCCCAGUUUCAGGGCCGGGGCCCACAUCUCGUUGGUGGCAAUGUGGGCCCGACCAGCCCAGUUCUAAGCCCACAUUCAGUAAGAUCAUCACCAUCAUCAUCAUCAGUACUAUAUCCACCUGGAAGGUUCACAUGCUUUAAUAAUAACAAUGGUACAACUACUACUUCUGCUGCUACUACUCCUACUUGUUGCACUAUUAGGUUCGAUCACCAACGCUCACAACCCUCGCAGUAUGCGGUGGCGCCGCCGUCGUUUUCUCAUCAUCAUCGGAUUCCUAACAAUACGCAGUACUGUUUGAUGUCGUUGAGGCCUGGAGAACAGUCGUUUCCAACCAGUAGUAAUACUAAUACUGCUACUACUAGUAGUAGUACGGCCAAAGGGGAAGUUGGUCAUGUUGAUCUUCACCUUAAACUUUCUCUUUCCAGUUGAUUACUAAUAUGAGAAUAAUUUAAUUAUGCUUAAUUAAUUACAUAAUAUUUUGUAUUUUUUUUUAA